CGCAACCAACGAGAGUGGAUUUUCAACGAGAGCGAGAGAAAAGCGGAGAAGGGCAGACAUCAUUUCUUUCUCAGCGUCUCAGGACCGGCCACACAAAGACACGUAGAAAAAAAUUGUUUCUAAAUAGGACCGUAGCUAUUUAAAUUAUUUAACUAAAUCAGAAAUGGCCGAUACAAUUGUGGACUCUACCGCUACUACGGAGGUCUCAGCAAAGGACUUGAAGGAGAAGAAAGAAGUGGAGGCGGAGGAGAAGAAGACCGAAAGCGAGGACGCACCUGCCAAUGGCACAAAUGGAGCCGAUCACACUGAGAAAAAAGAAGAAACCACCGAGGAGGAGCAGAAAAAUGGAGACGAUGCCGAGGAGGCGCCCCCUGCCGACGAAGCUGACGCACAGCCGGUAAAGCGUGCUGCUGAAGAGGAGGAGGAAAAAGAGGACACAAAAAAGCAGAAGACAGAGGAAAACGGCGAUUCAAAAGAGGCAGAAGUGGAGGCCUAGGCCUUCUGUCCUGCUACCCGUCGGCAGCAGCGUCUCAACAGUCCGGUCAACAUCAUAUCGUAGAGCUUGUGCGUUCUGUAACCAUGAAAGAGAUUUUUUUUUUGUUCCUUCCAUAUUGGCGCAUUGCACUGGAGUUUUGACACACAGUGGCCUUCAUCCUUUUUUUAAAUGAAAUGUUAUUUAUUGGUCUUUAAAAAGGAGCUUUGUUUUUCUUGUACUAAUUGGGCCACAUCUUGAGAUUUUUUUUCCCUCCUGAUUCAUUGCCUUGCAUUACUAGGAGCACAAUUUCUACAAUGUCAUUGCUGACCAGGUGAUUCAUACAGAGGCAGCUGCUCACCUCCAAGGCUCAUAAUGACCUCGCUGACACACUUAAAGGACCAAAGAUAAGUUUUAAGUGGGGAAUAAUAGAAAGUGAUUAGCAUUAUUAGUUGAGGUGUCCUUGUAUUCGUUUGAGCUGCUACUUAAUCCCCAGUUGCCCCGUUAGCAUGACAGAUUGUGCAAAUGAGUUCAGGGGCUCUUGUCAUGCGCCUCCACAGAGAUAUUGUUUAACCGUUUCCUGUGGGGUAAGGAUUCUGUAAUGUUAAUUAACCCCUCUUAAAUCUUAAACCUUUGGUCAUUUGUUUCUGUAUGCAUUCCACACAAGUUUGUACCAUAUAAACUUUGGUUUUCUUGCAUUUUUUUUCUUUUUUGAGUCUUAUGUUGUGGUUGGGUAUCUGUGUUUGGUGACUGCCUUUUUCAAAACCAGAAUGGCAUUUGGUUACUUCAGCCAUUGCUUUGUAUAUUCUGAUUAAGAAAUAAAUUUGUCUUUUUACUUAAA